AUGGAGGGCUGGGAUCUACCAAGUGCGAAGGUUUACUGGGGUGUGGGAGAAGAGCUGCAAAAUUGGUGGGGCAUGGGGUUCUUAUGUUAUUCGGUUCAAGAGAAGGCCUCCAGACCCUCAAAGGCGUCCAGUCAUUUGCUGAAAUCGCAUAAAGCCCUGACGUCACGGUGUCGGGAUCACCCACAGGUGCUUGCUGCAAAUGCUUAUUUGGGGCCUGCACCACAUCUACCGGAUCAGAAUUUCCAUGGCUCAUGGUUCAGGAAUCUGCCUGGUGUACAACCUGACGACAUCUGUGCACGCCACUGUGUGCUCACCACCCUGGCCUCCCUCAGUCAUGCUGCUGACAAGGCUCAGGGUUCCAGCCCUCCGGUUGCCUGGAUUUGCGAGUUUCCAAAGUAUAUGUGCUUGAGCCCAUCUGAGCCCAGUUUCUUCAUCUUCAUCAAGGAGUUAAUCAUUCCCACCUUUGCGAGGAUAGGGCCCAAGGCGCUCCAGCUGUGCUGCCUCUGCUGUGCCUGGGUCACCGCAGCCCUAGCCAGUGACAGCCACUGCGGCGGCAGCGGAUUGAAUGACGAUUACGUCUUUGUCACACCAGUGGAAGUGGACGCGGGCGGGUCCUAUAUUUCCCACGACAUUGUGCACAGCGGCAGGAGAAAGCGGUCAGCGCAGAGUGCCAGCAGCUCCCUGCAUUACCAAUUUUCAGCAUUUGGACAGGAGCUCCACUUAGAGCUGAAGCCCUCGGCGAUUUUGAGCAGUCACUUUAUUGUCCAGGUACUUGGAAAAGAUGGUGCGUCAGAGCCUCGGGGACCCAGGGUGCAGCGAUGUUUCUAUCAGGGAUUUAUCAGAAAUGACAACUCCUCCUCCGUGGCCGUGUCUACUUGUGCCGGCUUGUCAGGUCUAAUAAGGACACGAAAAAAUGAAUUCCUCAUCUCGCCAUUACCUCAGCUACUGGCCCAGGAACACAACUACAGCUCACCUGCAGGCCACCAUCCUCACGUACUGUACAAAAGGACCGCCGAGGAGACGGUCCAGCGUUACCAUGGCAACCCAGGCUCCAGCCAGAUUUAUCCUGGUCAUACCCUCAGUCACACUCCCCACACGUACCAGAGUCAAGAAAGAGAGCAUCACCAUCGAAGGUCGCAAAAGCAGCAUUUUUGUGGACGACGCAAGAAAUAUGCCCCCAAGCCUCCCACAGGGGACACCUAUCUCAGGUUUGAUGAAUACGGGAGCACAGGGAGACCCAGAAGAUCAGCUGGGAAGUCACAAAAGGGCCUAAACGUGGAAACCCUGGUGGUAGCAGACAAGAAAAUGGUGGAAAAGCACGGCAAGGCGAACGUCACCACGUACAUCCUCACAGUCAUGAACAUGGUUUCCAGCCUAUUUAAAGACGGGACCAUUGGAAGUGAUAUAAACAUUGUUGUGGUGAGCCUCAUUCUUCUGGAACAAGAACCUGGAGGAUUAUUGAUCAACCAUCAUGCAGACCAGUCUUUGAAUAGUUUUUGUCAGUGGCAGUCUGCCCUCAUUGGAAAGAAUGGCAAGAGGCAUGACCAUGCCAUCUUACUCACGGGAUUUGACAUUUGUUCCUGGAAGAAUGAACCAUGUGACACUUUAGGGUUUGCCCCCAUCAGUGGAAUGUGCAGUAAGUACCGAAGUUGUACCAUCAAUGAGGACACGGGGCUUGGCCUGGCCUUCACCAUCGCUCAUGAGUCAGGGCACAACUUCGGCAUGGUUCACGAUGGAGAAGGCAACCCCUGCAGGAAGGCUGAAGGCAAUAUCAUGUCUCCCACACUGACCGGAAACAAUGGGGUAUUUUCAUGGUCUUCAUGCAGCCGGCAAUAUCUCAAGAAAUUCCUUAGUACACCUCAGGCUGGGUGUCUGGUGGAUGAGCCCAAGCAAACAGGACAGUAUAAAUAUCCGGACAAACUCCCAGGACAGAUUUAUGAUGCCGACACACAGUGCAAGUGGCAAUUUGGAGCAAAAGCCAAGUUAUGCAGCCUUGGCUUUGUGAAGGACAUUUGCAAGUCACUUUGGUGCCAUCGAGUGGGCCACAGGUGUGAGACGAAGUUUAUGCCUGCAGCGGAAGGGACCGUUUGUGGCUUGAGUAUGUGGUGUCGCCAAGGCCAGUGUGUGAAGCUCGGGGAGCACGGCCCCCGGCCGGUCCACGGCCAGUGGUCCUCCUGGUCCAAGUGGUCAGACUGUUCCCGGACGUGUGGCGGAGGAGUCAAGUACCAGGAGAGACACUGCAACAACCCCAAGCCUCAGUAUGGUGGCAAGUUCUGUCCAGGUUCCGGCCGCAUUUAUCAGCUGUGCAACAUUAACCCUUGCCAUGAGAAUAGCUUGGAUUUUCGAGCCCAGCAGUGUGCAGAAUAUAACAGCAAACCUUUCCGGGGAUGGUUCUACCAGUGGAAACCCUAUACGAAAGUGGAAGAGGAAGACCGGUGUAGACUGUACUGCAAGGCUGAGAACUUUGAGUUUUUUUUCGCAAUGUCCAGCAAGGUGAAAGACGGAACUCCUUGCUCCCCAAACAAAAAUGAUGUUUGUAUUGAUGGGAUCUGUGAACCAGUGGGAUGCGAUCAUGAACUUGGCUCUAAAGCAGUUUCUGAUGCCUGUGGUGUUUGCAAAGGUGAUAAUUCGACUUGCAAGUUUUAUAAAGGCCUGUACCUCAACCAGCAUAAAGCAAAUGAAUAUUACCCGGUGGUCGUCAUCCCGGCAGGAGCCCGAAGCAUCGAAGUCCAGGAGCUGCAGAUGUCCUCCAGUUACCUCGCCGUCCGGAGCCUCCAUCAAAAGUACUACCUGACGGGGGGCUGGAGCAUCGACUGGCCCGGGGAGUUCCUCUUCUCCGGGACCGUGUUUGAGUACCAGCGCCCCUUCAACCGCCCGGAACGUCUGUACGCACCAGGACCCACUAAUGAGACGCUGGUCUUUGAAAUUCUGAUGCAAGGCAAAAACCCGGGCAUAGCUUGGAAGUACGCGCUCCCCAAGGCCACCAAUGGGACUCAGCCCGCUGGGAAGAGACACGCCCACACCUGGAGCACCCUGCAGACCCCGUGCUCCGCCUCCUGCGGUGGAGGUUACAUAAGUGUAAAGGCCAUUUGCUUACGAGAUCAAAACACUCAAGUCAAUUCCUCAUUCUGCAACGCAAGGACCAAGCCAGCAACUGAACCCAAAGUAUGCAAUGCGUUCUCCUGCCCUGCCUAUUGGAAGCCAGGCGACUGGAGCGUGUGCAGCAAGCCAUGUGCGGGGGGCCAGCAGAGCCGGAAAAUCCAGUGUGUGCAGAAGAAGCCGUUCCAGAAGGAGGCGGCGGUGGUGCACUCCCUCUGCCCAGUGAGCACACCCACUCAGGUCCAGGUCUGCAACAGCCACGCCUGCCCGCCAGAGUGGAGCCUCGGGCCCUGGUCUCAGUGUUCCAAGACCUGUGGGCGCGGGGUGAGGAAGCGGGCAGUGCUGUGCAAAAGUGCCUCCAGGGCCGAGGGCCUCCCCGAGAGCCUGUGCGCCGGCGUCCCCAGACCAGAGUCGCAGGAGGGCUGUGUCCUGGGGCGAUGCCCCAAAAACACCCGGCUACAGUGGGCCGUCUCCUCGUGGAGCGAGUGCUCGGCGACCUGUGGGCUGGGGGUGAGGAAGAGGGAAAUGAAGUGCAGCGAGAAAGCCUUCCAGGGGAAGCUGAUAACUUUCCCAGAGCGAAGGUGCCGCAACAUUAAGAAACCAAACCUGAAUUUGGAGGAAGCCUGCGACCGAGGGGCCUGUCCAGUGCGUCCUGUGUACAAUGUGGCAGCUGGAUGGUAUUCAUCGCCAUGGCAACAGUGCACGGUGACCUGUGGGGGAGGGGUCCAGACCCGAUCCGUCCACUGUGUGCAGCAGGGCCGGCCUUCCUCAAGCUGUCUGCUCCGACAGAAACCUCCGGUGACACGCGCCUGUAAUACGAACUUCUGCCCAGCUCCUGAAAAGAGAGAGGACCCAUCCUGUAUAGAUUUCUUCAACUGGUGUCAUCUAGUUCCUCAACAUGGUGUCUGCAACCACAAAUUUUAUGGCAAACAGUGCUGUAAGUCAUGCACAAGGAAGAGCUGAUACCCUCCCCAGCACCUUAAGGCCGGGGUCUCACUUUUCGGGCUGAAGGCUGAAGACUCAACACCUCACAGGUGGUUGGCAGUGUUGAGGGGCCAGCUCUGAAGAAUAGUCCGGCUUCUUUUUCACUUCCCCAAAGCACAUGGUACUCUGAAGCACUUGAAAAUGGGAAGCGAUGACAAAUCUGACUCACGAAGAAACAACGUUGAUUUGCACUGUUAAUCGAAAGAAGUGAUGAACCACACUGAGAUACGUCAAUGUGAGAGCCUGGUCAACUUUGGGACACAUCCCCCUUUGAAUUUAAAAGGGUUCCAUGGCAAAGACAUCUGUUUUGAAAGGUCUUUCAAGACCUCAGGUCACAGACUGAGAGUUGGAGGAAUCAAGCAUGGAUGGAACGUUUACUUGGAGCUCACAGUGUAACUGAAACUGUGGACACCCCCAAUCAGGAGUUACACAGAAAGCCAAAUGGUGCUCACGACAGUGCUUGCUGCUGGACUGGCAAGCUUCAUGUAUGUUUAUUUAGUGUGAGUGUGUUGUUUUUACGAUUUUGUUUAAAGUAUAUUCUGCUUAUAGAGAGUCUUCGAGACUAAAAUUCACAACUUGAAAAGUAUUCCAAGGAAUAUUCAAAAAAACAGGGCAACAUGGACUAUUUAAGAUCUCCAUUUAAUUAAAAUGCACACUCUGAAGAAAAAUAAAAAGAGCUCAUAAGAAAGGUAAAUAUUGAUGCCCUACACGUUAUAUCAACCUCGUAACUUUUGGUGCUAGACAGGAUCCUCGAGUCUGCUCUUUGGGAAUCCGAAUUGGUGAAAUGUUCUUUUCUGGUAAAAAUCUAGGAGGAGUUAAAUAGCAGUGUGUUGAAGGAGAGGAGACCAUUAUUUGUAAUGCUCCCUACUUAUUAUCAGAGCUGCUUGGAAAAUUAAAGGCCACUUGUGGUUUUUGCCUACCAACUGACAUGUUUAAAUCUGCCCUAGGAUUUAGUUAACAAGAAAAAAGUCAUAGUGGCAAUAGAAAAAUCCAUCUGUCUUCCUGCUACAUUAAUAUUAAUAAAUCAUACUAUGACAAAACUAUUCAAUGAAUAAGUAUUUUACAAUCUUUCAGAUGAUAUUUUCAGUCUUCAAAAGCCAGCUGUUGGUUGGCACUAAUGAGUUUAAAAUUGUUCUCAAUUGCAAAAACACCAUACUGUUUUGCCAAAACCAAAGUAACUUACAAGACUGGGUCCUUCUGUAAUUUUUUGAGAUGUGGUUAUAAAAGACGUAUUUAUAUAAUUCUACUCCAUUCCUCAGUAUUUUUGAUGAAUGUAACCCAACUACUUUUAAAAAGUCUCAAUUCAAACAGGGAUUUGCCAGCUCAGCACAACCAACUAGACAGUGGUUUAUAAAUUUAGAUCAUCCUUUGUUCCCAUUCUAAUUAAAAUCAUGCAUUCUUGAAUCUCAGAGAGAUGAUUAGAUAUUUUCUCAACUCUCUGGACCUAGAAUAGUGGUCAUUUUAUCAUAAAAAAAUAGUUCUACAUCACCACCCUCUGAAAAUUACAAGUUAUCUGUUCUUUAUAUAAUUAUCAUUUUAUUUUAUGGAAAAAUUAAUUUAUUAAUUAAUAGCCUAUUGUUGUGUUCUCACUUGCUUCUCUGAGUGAUAUUAAUUCUGAGGAAAAGUGUUGACUAAAACCAUGGGUUAUAGAGAAAAGUCAAAAUAUAUGUGUAAUAUUUAAUUAUUUUAUAAGUUUUAUAAUAAAGUGUUUUGUUUAUCUUUGAAA